AGUCUCACAUUCAAGGGAGAAAUCAUUCCAUUCACAAGCAGUUGGAUGAGAGUCAUACUUGCCCCUGUCAACUAAAGAUGACGUUACUAUGGAAACGACUUGUGGCGCUAUCAAUCAUUGGCUGCCUUGCAGUCUCAUCAGCACAAGCAGAAGAUCCAAAGUUUCUUGGUCCAAGCUGGCAAAAGGAACCAGAAGAUCUGAUAAUGCCCAUCCAUUCUGCUGAGCAGGAGGCUGUAUUAACCUGUGAGGCAUCAGGAGUCCCUUCCCCUCAGUAUAGAUGGUCUCUAAACGGAACGCUCAUUGAUCUUCAUGGUGACGAGAGGCGUCGCCUGUCUGGGGGUAACCUGAUCAUUACUGGCCUGGAUCGGGACCAAGACAGCGGUGUCUACCAAUGCACUGCCUCCAACACCCAAGGAACCAUUCUCAGCCAGAGAGCCACACUACAGUUUGCAUAUCUGGAAAAUGGCAAAACGCAGACAAGAAGUGCUGUGAAUGUGAGGGAAGGCCAAGGGGUUGUUUUGUUAUGUGGCACACCUUUGCAUUAUGGAGAGCUCACAUUCACCUGGGUCUUCAACGAGUACCCUCACUUCGUCCAGCAAGAUAGCCGGCGCUUUGUAUCCCAAGAGACAGGGAAUCUCUAUAUAGCUAAAGUGGAACCGUCCGAUGUUGGGAAUUACACCUGUGUGGUUAAUAACACUAUUACCAAGGAGAGGGUGUUCAGUUCGCCAACACCUUUAGUGCUGAGAAACGACGGAGCAAUGGGAGAGUACGAGCCCAAAAUAGAGCUUCAUUUCCCCGACACCAUUCCAGCUGCUAAAGGAUCCACACUGAAGCUAGAAUGCUUCGCCCUGGGAAAUCCAGUUCCCAAGAUCAGCUGGAGAAGAACCAGUGAUGUUUCAUUCCCAAACAAAGUCAAACUGAAAAAUUCUAAUGCCAUUCUGGAGAUUCCAAGUUUUCAACAAGAGGACACUGGGACAUAUGAGUGCAUAGCGGAAAACAGUCGUGGAAAAAAUGCAGCAAGGGGUCGUUUGUCUUUCCAUGCCACACCUCAUUGGCUGCAGACUAUGACGGACACAUCAUUGUCCAUUGAAGAUAAUCUGUUUUGGGAGUGCAAAGCCAAUGGGAAACCAAAACCCUCGUACAGCUGGCUGAAGAAUGGAGAAACUCUUAUAUCUGAGGGCCGAGUGCAAAUAGAAAAUGGUGCUCUCUCCAUCUCCUCACUAAACCUCUCAGAUGGUGGGAUGUAUCAGUGUGUGGCAGAGAACAAGCACGGCAUCAUUUAUUCUAGCGCCGAACUGAUGGUGCUUGCCUCUUCUCCCAGCUUCUCCCAGAAUCCUUUGAGCCGAGUGCUUAAGGCUCGCUCUGGUAGUGACGUUAGUCUAGAUUGCAGACCACAUGCUUCGCCCAGAGCCAUUAGCCUGUGGAAAAGAGGGAAUGAGAUACUGCAAAGAAGCGAAAGGAUUUCUCUCUUCCCCAAUGGGACGCUUAUGAUUGCCAACGUAACUAAGCGAGAUGGAGGUAGUUACACGUGUAUUGCUAAAAAUCAGUUUGGCACAGCUAGUACAACAGGAAGACUGAUCAUCACAGAGCCCACAAGGAUCAGCCAGGGCCCCAGCAGCACAGAGAUCACGGUGGGUGAGAGCAUCGUGCUGCCCUGCCAGGUGACUGCUGAUCCAUCCUUGGACGUGGCUUUCUUCUGGGCCUUCAACGGUCAGCCCAUUGAUUUCCAUCAAGAUGCCGACCACUUCGAGCGAGUGGGAGGGAGCUUUUCUGGUGAUCUUAUGAUAAGAAACAUCCAGCUUAAUCAUGGUGGGAAGUACGUUUGCCUCAUCGACACAGAUGUCGAGAGCUUGUCUGCUGACGCAAUAUUGGUUGUUAAAGGUCCCCCCAGCCCCCCAGACUUGGUUGUGGUGGAGGAGGUCACUGACAGCACGGCCCAGCUGUCCUGGAGCCCAGGCCAGGACAAUGGAAGUCCCAUUACUGGAUAUGUCAUCCAGGCCAGGACUCCUUUUACUGUCGGCUGGCAAGCUGUCGACACAGUUCCUGAGGCGAUCAAUGGGAACACUUUGACUGCAACUGUGGUGGGUUUGAACGCUUGGGUGGAAUAUGAGUUCAGAGUGCUGGCCAGUAACAGUGUCGGGAUGGGAGAACCCAGUCCCCCGUCAACUAAGAUCAGAACAGAAGAUGCUAUGCCUGACACGGCUCCCACUGAUGUCGGAGGCGGAGGAGGUACCAAAUCUGAAUUAGUGAUAACAUGGGAGCCUGUUCCAGAGGAGUUGCAGAACGGAGAGGGCUUCGGUUAUAUCAUCGCUUUCCGGCCAGUGGGCUUGGUCACUUGGACCCGUGCCGUGAUCUCUGCGCCCAGUGUCACCCGCUACGUUUACCGCAAUGACACCAUUCCACCAUUCUCACCAUUCAAUGUCAAAGUGGGAGCGUUCAACAACCGUGGAGAAGGACCGUUCAGCAGCAUUGCAACCGUGUUCUCUGCAGAAGAAGUGCCGAGCUUAAUGCUGGAGAGAGUGUCGGCAAAAAGUCUGUCAGCAGCUGACAUCGAAGUUACCUGGGAGCCGAUUGUGUCGACCCCUGAAAGAGUUCUCGGAUAUGAGGUGGUGUACUGGGAAGAUGACACCAAGCCGGAUACGGUGGGUAAAGUGCGGAUCACUGGAAACUACACAGCAGUGAAUGUCAGCGGCCUGCAGGGGAACACUCAGUAUUAUCUAGCGGUGUGUGCCUUCAAUACUGCAGGAACUGGCCCGCAGUCUGUACCUGUCAAUGUUACCACCAAAAAGCCACCGCCUGGACAACCCCCUCAGAAUGUAGAGUGGAAUCUGAUUGGCUCUCAGCUCGUCCUUCAGUGGGAUCCCGUCAUCGCUCUCGAAACUGAAUCUGAGGUCACAGGAUACAUAGUGCUGUACAGAAGACACCGGAAUAACGACAUGUACUCCAUCAUCACCAGCAAAACCUUGGUUGAGUUGACCCUCAAUCCGAACGACAACUACGUCAUUCAGAUCAAGACCCUCAGUGAAGGGGGCUUGGGGGAGGGAAGUGAGCCCAUCCACAUCCACCAACUCAGCAUGGGUGCCCGUGGAUCCAGAGCAGCAAGGCUGUGCACACUCUCUCUCUCUCCACUCCUCAUUUGUGCUCUGUCGACGCUCAGUGCCUCUUGAUGUUUGCCUCCCAUGAGCACCAGAUCCUGCCACACCAAACAACACAAACUUUCUGCUCUUUGCUCAUACAAGGCUUAAGUUUCCCAUCACAAUCUAACCAGAUGGCAUUCUCCAGCUCCAGCAACAUGUAUGGAAGAGCCUGAUAUUGAGAUGGGAAAAUGGGAAAUUUUAAGGAAUUCAUCAUUAGUAAACAUGGCAGAGCCCUGCAAGAGAGUCAUUAGGGCUUUUGGGAUGAUAGAGUAAACUGCAGACUUUUUUUUUUAUUAUUGAGUAUUUUUGUUGUCUUUUCCUGUAAAAACAUCCUUAAAUAGGAUGAACUAAAAAACUGCAUAAAACAUUAAGACUUUAUUUCAGAGAAUAUUGAUUUUAAGUUUAUUUUUCUUACCCCAUUGGUAAUAAAAAAAAAAUUCACAUUUCUAACCAAAUCAUGAACUAAAUGCUUAUGCUUAAAAGGUGCUUAAAUUGUGCUCAAUUAUUAUUAUUAUUAUUAUUAUUAUUUUAUUUUAUUUUUUUUAACUAAUCUAAUGAAUUGGAAAACAAGACAAACAAUACAGAUUAAAAAAAUUGUUUUUGCAUAUAGGACAGUUUCUUUGGCACCCUACAACCAGAAAAAAAAAAAAAAAAAACAACGGACCGCUUUUGUCCUUUGUAAAAUGUGCUUCUUUAUGCAGUGUGCCAAUGCAUGCAUUAUCUUUUUCUCUGAUCCUUGAGAACAAUCAAUGCCUUAAAUUCAUGUACACACCAAAGUAGAUUAAAAUAGUUUUGCAGUUGAGGAUAAGGGCUAAGAAACCAAUGUUGGUGGGAAUUGCUCUAUAUAUUGCAGGUUUUUGGAUCUAUUGUGGCUUCAUUGUGCUGUCUAAGUUCUGGGUCUGGGUUAACAAAGCCGAGCAUUGAUUUGUCCUAAUGGGAAUCUUCCAUUAGUUAAGAAAAGUGUGUUGCCAUCUCACCUCUAUUACCGUGCCAUCGACUCCAAAGGUUCCCUCUCAGUCUCUUUGAUGGGUACUAGCAUUUUGUUCAACUCUUCAUGUCGGUUAAAUUAUUGAUGCGUUGCACAUUAUAUACUUAAGGCUACACAAUUAAGGCAUAAUCUUCCUGUGAGUAUUUGCUCUAGCUGAACCAGAUUUACGCUUCAGUUUUUCUUAGCUAGUGCUGCCCCACUGUAUAGUGUUAUUCACAACCCAUAAAUAAGUAAGCUUCUGAAAACUACUUAAAUGCCUCACACACAAUAUCUACCUGUACUUACUGCAUGUUAGUAAACUGGCACAUAAACUGCAAAACAAGUUGUCAGAAACUAAGUGACAAGAUGUGGAACAUUGCUGAAAGGGUAUAACAUUUUUAUAGCUCUAAUGGCCUUGCAGAUGUGAAAAGACUGAAAGCCUUGCAAACAAGUACAAGACUGAUGCGUGAAAGUCCCCAGAGUUUCCUUACCAGUCUAAAUGUGUUGAAAAAUAUAAACAGCAUUGUUCAAGGUGGUUUUCCAUCCUGAUCCUGUAGUAUUGCUCAAAUGUCAUAUUAGGGCUGCACUAUAAAUAGUAUAUUAAUCAUGAUCACAAUUAUUAUUCCUGAUGAGUAAUUAAGUUUUUCCAGCUGUGAUAUUUCCCCACUGGUUAUUUAUUAAUUAUUAUUAUUAUUUAUUUAUUUAUUUAUUUAUUUAUUUAUUUAUUUAUUUAUUUAUUUAUUUGUCCCAUUUGACAUUUGCAUUAUCUUGCAUUGGUAACAAUCCUCCAAAAGCUUUCAUGCUUGGGGUUGCCAGAUGUCAAGAGCUUAAAUCCCCCAAUAUAAAAAUUUCUUUUAAAAAGAAACAUUUUCUGCACAGUGUAAUAAUUAAUCUCCCCAAUCUGGCAGCCAUGUACACACUCUCUCUCUGAAUGGAGGAAAAAGCACUAACAAUAUGACAACACCAAAAAAAAAAAAAAAAAAGUUAAAAUAAAAAUUGAAAGUAAAAUUAUAAUUUGGGGAUUUUAGAAAAUUACUAUUAGGAAUUUCACUGGUUUUAUCUUUUAAGAGAAACUUCUUAUUUUACCAGUGUUUAUAAUGUAGGUAGUGAUAUUUUUAUUUUUACAAAAGACUAAAUAUGCAGUAAUAAAUCAGGAAAAUAGAUGAGGUAAAUGAAACCAUGUAACUGAGCAGAUGUUCUCUUGCUUAUGUGAAAGUGGAAGACUCCGGAUUAAAGGUAAAAAGUUAUUCCUCAAAAUAAAAGUAUAGCGACAACAGCACAGAGAAAUUAUAUUGUUGCAAUCUUUUCCCAAAAUAUUUUCUUCCAGCUGAUGAAUGCUAAAAACUUUGACACCCAAUUAGAAUCCAUCCUGCUUUACAGAGAUGAAACAUUUUAAAGGAAAGACUACAAAACUAAUAAACAUAAGAAUAUUAUGCAUAGGUGUGGACGCUAAUAUAGUAAUUGUUUGUAGUUGUCUUUGUAGUUAUGGUUCUUGUUUUAAACAGACCUUAAUAAUCGUAAGUAUAAAUUUUGAGUGAAAUAAUAGUGAUUAUCAGUUUGACCAUUAUUGUGCAGCCCUGUGUAACAUUACUAUAUAAUACUUCCAGCAUAUUGGCAAUCAUAUUUUGUUUUGUUGCCCAUCUAGCAAGCACUGCAUUCUGAAUUUUUCAUUUGUACCCUCAAUGAGACAAGAGGUGAGGCGCUUUGGGGGUGACCUUUUAAUGCCGAGGUUCGCUGUCAAGGAAUAUGUGCCUUCACUGGACAAUAUGUUCCUGGCUCUGUCAUGGCAGUAUCAGGCUGUAGAGUCCAUUAUUUGCACUUGUUCUUCUCAAUGUCAGAAGAAAGCACAAGGUAGUGAACCAAGGUGACAUAGCCUUCCUGCAAAGUCUCCAGAACAGGUGCGCUACUACAGCCCAUGAAGACAUGUUAAAAAAGGUUAGCGAAGGAGACAAAGAAAAAAAUAGGCUGCAGAGUCCCAAUCAGGACAGCCAAUCUGUUCUCCUUCAAGCUUUCAUAAAGGUCUGGGCACCUUGAUUAGGCUGCAGUGGCCCAGUCAAUGGGAUAUCGAUUUUUCUGCUGUAUAUUGCGGCUGUCACAAUGCAGACUCUUGAUUGACUGAUGUCAGUGUUCCUGUCAGCAGUCUAGUGUCUGAGGUGUCCUUGCCUCCUCCCGCUCAGAGAGUUGGAGUUUUAGCAGGAAGAUGCAGAGAACAAAGAGAAGUUUCUUGUAAGGGGAAUGAGAUACAUUUUGCAAUCCUACAUCUGUGUCAAGCAGGUGAAAAACACAGAAACUGCAUUUCAGGAUAUGCAGCUGUACACCACUAUUCAAAGUUUUGGGGUUGGUCUUACCAAGACUUCAUUGGUUUGAUCAAAAAGAAAGUAACAACUGUAAUAUGUGAAAUAAUAUUUAAAUGUAAAAUAACUGUUUUCCAUUUAAAUAUGUUUUAAAAUGUCAUUUGUUUAUGUGAUGACAAAGGUGAAUUUUCAGCAUCAUUACUUCAGUCUUCACAUGAUAACAUGAUGCUUUAGAAAUCAUUUCUAAUAUGCUGAUUUGCUUCUCAAGAAACAUUUCUGAUUAAAAUCAAUGUUGAAAACCGCUUCAUAUUUAUGUGGAAACUGGUGUUGCAUUGAUGAAAAGAGAUUAUUUGAUGAAUGGAAAGUUUAGAAAUCUUUUGCAACAUUAGAAAUGUUUUACGGUCACUUUUGAUCAUUUUAAUGCAUCCUUGUUGAAUAUAAAUAGCAAUUUCUUAAAAGAAAAUUUUACUGAGCCCAAACUUUUGAAUGGUAGUAUACAUUUAAGCAUCAUCAGUCUUUCUUAAUAUUGGUCCUUGCUUAAUUGCUGGUUUCAUUGUGAGUUAUUUCAAAGAGGCUCCGCCCCUUGAAAUGACUUUCCAUUUCAGCUGAUGUCUUCAAGUCCUCUUAUUCUCAAACACCCUUCAUAUGAGACAACUUUUAAGUUUUUCUUGAUGAAAAGAUUCGAUAAAAUUCUUCUCUGUUAUAUUACAGAAAAAAGUGGGUUGCAAACACUUCAUUUUGAAACUGCUAUCAUGAACAAUUGUACUGUGUUUUUUAUGGUCACUUUACAGUGUACUUUACAGCUCUAUAGUCGUUUAUCUCUUUGAAAUGACAAAUUAUUUAUAGGUUAUCUAUUAUUUUCAGACAAUGUUUCUUUUUCAGCAUAGAAAAAAAAAACUAAAACAGAAAUGUACUAUAAGUAUUUCAUAUUACAGUAAUUACAAAGUUAGCGCUGCUUAUCCCACCCCUUGACACUAAUGAUAUGUUCGUUUUUCCAUGCACUGUUUCCUCCUACUCUCAGUUUGUUCUAAUGUGCCCCAUCAACCCUCAGUCACAGUAUCUUCGUAAUGAUGCAUAUAAACACUGAAACAGUAAUUGUUGUUUAAUAGCAAUGAUUUCUUUGGUACUCUUAAAAUUGUGAAGUCUAAUUUGCCUAAUUUUGUGUACACCGUAUAAUCGGUGUGCUUCAUUUCUUCACAUUAUGAUUCACAAAACUUUGAUAUGAUAUGAAAUUAUAAGCUGUUAAUGACCAAUCUUAUCGCUACAGUCCAAUUAUGUUUCUAAGUAAUCUGAAUUGAAAAACGACAAGACCUUGGCCAGAUGUAAAUAGUGGCUAUACAUUUUUAGAGUCGGCCAGCAUUGUCAACCUGACAUUUUCUACUGCACACGGCCCUGAGAAUUUAAUACUGAUGUAUUAGUGAAUGAUCUCUGUGAGAUGGAGUACAUAUAACAUGGUAUUUUCAUAUUGAAAAGUAACUGUUUUGUCUUGUAUACUAAAACUGUGCAUGUGGGAAAAUGUUUGGUGCAUAUGUGUUACUGUACAUUUUAUAAUUCUCUUAAAAACUUAAUAAAAAUGUCAAAUGCC